GAGGGCCGGACGCGAAGAUCAGAAGGUCUUCAUGUGCACAUUCGCGGUAGUGUGGGACGGCAGUUAGAGCGCGAAGCCGACCUGGCUUGGGGGCCCAGGGAUGCCGCGGUUCCUCUGUCUGUGUCUCGGGCUCCUGCUGGUUCGAGUCUCCCGUGAGCUGAACGACAUUAGCAGAGCCAGGAAAUUGUGUGGCCGGCAUCUACUGCACGAGAUAGUAAAACUCUGUGGCGAUGUUAGCUGGAGCCACAUUGAGAAGGAGAAGCCUUUCACACAGCUGCUUUCCCAGGCCUCAGAAAAGGUUGAAAGCUUCAUCCCUGACCGGUCAGAAAGCUCCCAAACCACUUUUCCGGUCUGGAGGAGAGCGACAAACCCAGUCCCUACUUCUGCCUCUCAGGAAGAAGCAAUAAAUAUGAAGGUGCAGUCACUGCCUGAGUAUCAGUAUAAAAAGGUCAAUUUGCCUUUUAAGACAAGACAAGAGGAAUUUUCCUCAUCACAAGAUGUCAGUCCAUAUAUUCAUGAGAUUAUAGAAUUUCAGAAGAAAAAUACAAACAAAAUCAAAACCUUAAGCAAUUUGUUUUGGGGGAAUCAUCCCCAAAGAAAACGCAGAGGAUACUCAGAAAAAUGUUGUCAGAAGGGAUGUACAAAAGAAGAACUUAUUAUUGCAUGCCUUCCAUAUAUUGAUUAUGAAAACUUAAGGAAGCAUCAGCAGUUGUGACUGAGAUAUACUAACCAUCAUGAGACUUACACUAACUUAAUAAAAAGCUUAAUAUAUUUUACUUAUUUUUUUGGUGAUUGUCCUUGUAGUUUCUCUGCUGUGAACAACAUCUGGAUGUAUUUGUAAGCACUUGACAAUACUUUGUGGUAAUACGACUUAGUAUUUUCUUUGGUGCUCUAUUUUUCAUAUAUUUUUAUAUUUGAAGAUAAUACUGGAGGUGGCAUGGUCUAUGCAGACGUCUAAGGAUUCCCUGUUUAUUCUUAUUUAUGGUUUUGAAACUCUCUUAAGUAGCAUUUAAAUGGAUUAUGGAAUGUUCUACAUUCCAUGUGUAUGAUAUACUGACUGGUGCCCAUUACUAUUAGGCGCACUCUAGUAUGCCAGUUCAUCUGUCCUACUGACUUAAAAUAGCUAACCAACUACUCCUAGUAGCUCUUACACAUUUUCAGUAGGUACAGUUUUAAUUCUUUGUAUAGUAACUGGUAAGAAGAGGACAUAGAGUUCAGUGACUUUCUUGAGGUUGUAAUAUCUCUCCAAGAUCCCCUGUCUUUGCUUUGAAGGUACUGAUACAAUGUGAAGUCUUAUUCAGGCUUGGUCAGAAUAGAGUGCAGUGUCGGCAUCACCUGGGAAUGUGUUAGAAAUGCAGUUUUAAGGUCCUCUCCCAGACCUAUUGAAUUAGAACUCUGGGUAUGGGGCUCAUUGGUCUGCAUUUUUAUAGGCCUUCUGAGUCAUUCUGAAGUAGGUUAAAGGUUGACAAUCACUGUUGAUAUUCACAGUAUGAAUACUGUAGAAAUUCUGUUCAUGUGCUUGCAUAUCUUAACUCAAUAUAGGUAUUAGAGCACUAAGUUUUUGGUGUGUUUUUCCACUUUAUGUCCACAUGGGAAAAUCUUUUAAUGCUACAAAUUAGAGCAAAGCUUAUACAAAGAAUCCAAAGUGAAAUUCCUAUAUUCUGCCAUUAAUUA